AUGGGAAACUUGCACAUUUCAUGGCUUCUUCUAGCUCAAUGCCUGUUGCUAGUCACCAGAAUUAGUGCCAAGGUCCCUGCAGUCGUCGUGUUCGGGGACUCCUCGGUGGAUGCCGGGAACAACAACCAGAUUCCCACAAUUCUCAGAAGCAAUUUUGAGCCUUAUGGCCGAGACUUUUCCGGUGGCAAGCCAACUGGGAGGUUCUCCAAUGGCAGAGUGCCUACAGAUUUCAUCUCCCAGGCUCUUGGACUCAAACCAUUCGUACCUGCCUACUUGGAUCCUUCCUAUAACAUAUCAGAUUUUGCCACUGGUGUCACCUUUGCUUCUGCUGGGACUGGCUAUGAUACUGCAACUUCAGAUGUGCUGUCUGUGAUACCACUAUGGAAGCAACUGGAGUACUACAAGGAAUAUCAGAACAAACUAAGACUUUAUCUUGGAGGAAUAAAGGCAAACGAAAUAAUCAAUGGAGCUUUGUACACUAUGAGCUUAGGCACCAAUGACUUCCUGGAAAACUACUACACAUACCCCGGCCGGUCAUCCCAAUACUCUAUCCAACAAUACCAAGAUUUUCUCAUUGGAAUUGCAGGAAAUUUCAUCAAGCAACUCUACCAUCUCGGAGCCCGUAAAAUCUCCCUCGGAGGUCUGCCUCCGAUGGGGUGCUUGCCAUUGGAGAGAACCACAAACAUCAUGGGUGGAAAUGACUGCAUUGCAGAUUACAACAAUGUGGCUCUGGAGUUCAAUGGCAAGUUGAAUGGCUUGACCACAAACCUCAACAAAGAGCUUCCUGGUCUCAAACUUGUGUUUUCAAACCCAUAUUACAUUUUCCUGCAGAUGAUAAGAAGACCUUCUUUGUAUGGAUUUGAGGUGACAUCAGUGGCUUGCUGUGCCACAGGGAUGUAUGAAAUGGGGUACGCAUGCAAUCAAAACAACAUGUUCACCUGCACGGAUGCAAGCAAAUAUAUAUUCUGGGAUUCAUUUCAUCCUACAGAGAAAGCAAACCAUAUAAUCUCUGAUUAUGUGGUGAAAAAAGUACUGGCCCAGUUUCUUUGA